UUUGCUUCGUCAUAUCAUGUCUUGUCCAAUUUUACAAGUUUCUAGAUUAAUUCUUAAAUAAAUAAAAUUAUAUUUUCAUCAAGGUUGCUUAAUUAGUCUGCGUUAUAGAUAUAAUAUUUCACUCCUCAUUCGAGGAAAAUUAUUUCCUCUCCCGCUGCAGCCAUCGGACAAGAAGGAGUCACAGUGUGAAUCGAGGUGUCGUAAGUGGACCACAAGCACGUCUUUUCGGACGUGUUCUGAAUCGGCCACAAAUCGUGGCUGUACGCAUCUUUCGAGAAACUUUUAAGUAAAUUACGAGUAGGGUCCUCGUGACCCACAAAAGGCCGCAAUCAUUGAUUCUGACGAAUCGACGGUGAUAAUGGGCGUCCAGGUGGAGGAGUCCAAGAUCGGCGCCAUGAUCGAUAAAGCCAAGUUUUAUACUUCGGUCUGCCUGGGCACUACAGCCAUUCUUGCGGUUUUCGCCUUCCUGUUUCUGAUCCCGUUCGUCGUCGAGCCGGCGAUAACCACCAUUCUGGCGGAUUUCUCGCCUCAUGCUGUCGCUUGCGUUACGACGGAGCACGUGUACGCGGAGGGGUUGAAAAACUGUUCGUGGGCGAGCUGUAGAGAAGGUUGUACGAGUGCUGCGCUUCGUUGUCAUCAAAUCAAAGUCAAUUACACCAGACUACCAUACGAGGAAUUCACGGCGAAGCCAUUGGGUUCAAUACCAUGGGACGUCACCGAUACCAAAUUCUUUGUGAACACAGAAGGAUGCGGCUACCCGCCCACAGUCAACUGUACUAUUUUCGCCAAGAAAUACGCCUAUGGAAAUAUGGGAAAGAUAUUUCCCUGUUAUUACAGUAGAACACAUCCAGAGACAGUUGUCGCAAGAUAUUCGUGGGAUGAGAAUCUGAGGCAUUUGGUGUUAGCCUUGAUCGUACCCAUAGUACUGUUCGCUACGACGCUCGGUGUGCUGUGCUAUUGGUACUGUCCGCCGAUCAACAAGACUUGCGGCGGAUCGAGUCGCAAUCUCAUGGACAAGUAUGCUAGAAAGGAAGAGUAAGUCAUCUUGGCAGAGGACGAAUUCGAGGAAGACGAAGAGGAAUACUGACUGCUACCAAGGGCUCACCCCCCGGCACGGGAGUGAUCCCACCGAAAUCAUCUCCGAAUGGCUCCAGCGUACUUUAUUUUCUAAAUUUAAGCGAUCGAGCAAUAUCACUUAGGAAAAAUUUGCAAAAAGCGGGGAAACGGAUCUCGUUGUUAUCGAUUUUUAUCGAGUUUAUCAGAAAAAGUCCUAGAGUAUGCUUAAGCGCUACGUCCGAUUUUUUUAUCCUCUUAAUCUGACUCGUGCUUUCAAUAAAUGAAACAUAUUCCUAGGUUUAUAUGCCAUAAAAAUAUUUCUCUUUUUCUCUCUUCUUCUCGAUAUUUCAAUCGCACUAAGAUUAGUUAUAUAUGCACUUAUUCGAAAGAAAUGUAAUGUCAAAUUUAUUUGACGGAUCAACAAUUGGAAGAAUUGUUUGCGCAAAACAUUUAUUUAUAUUUUUAAUUUAAAGUGAGUCAUAAAUAUGAGAACUCGGACUUUUCAAUUAUCUAUCAGUAUUCCAUGAGAGUUCCGAGAAGAUAUGGUUCGAAACAUGCGGCAAUGUCAGAAAAUAAUAUUAUGCAUUAACGAAAUAGCAUUAAUAAUAUAAAUUAAUUUAAUUAAUAAUUCAUUGGAUACUAUACGUUGACACCCGCUAAAUUGUUCAUUAGUAUAGCAUUUUUAAAUCUUGUAGAAAUUAAUUACAAAAAUAAUUUCAAAUGAAGUAGUUACGAAAUAAUGACGAUAAAUUUCCGUGUGUUUCGAGCUCAAUCGUGAUAAAGGCGCGCCUUCCUACUUACGUGAUAAAAGUUUAAGCAGUAUGAUAGUUUUUAAAUGGCACAGAUUAGGUUUUGCAGCAGCAUCGGGUUUAGACUAAGCUAUGUAGCGAAUUUACGUUAUGUAGCGUGAAUUUACGAUUGAAGUCACAUAAGCUGCCCUUGUGACGAUAAGUCGAUAGUCAAGUAUCGAUAAAAGCAGUACGAACCCAUGGUUCGAUGCUAAGCGCAAUAUGUAUCUUCAUUCUUCGUCAAGCAGAAGAAAUAAAUUCCAACGCGGACUCCUAUCAGGCUAAUCGCGUUACUCGCUACACUAAAUUACGUGGUUUUCUAAAACUAUUAAUAUUUUAAUCAUCUUUCAUGCCUGAUUCUAU